AUGCCACAGUGCUCCGUACGCCACGCAUCAAUCCGCAGCUAUUUUGCGAGUCCAACUCCACCUCCAAGCAUCCCCCUUCUCACCAGCAACCGCAUCUCCGUCGAUGGUCAAUGCCCAACGAUGCGCGCUGUUGUUGCGUGCAUGCCGCAUUGCUUGCUGGUAUUUGUUCAACGCUGGGACUCUGCCAAUGUCGGUGCUUGGCGUGCAGGGAUUCUCUCUUCCGAAACUUUCCAAGUCAUCCGCACUUCUUCUCUUUCUACUCAACACGGAAUACACCCACCGCACACCCAUAAUCAUGGCUUCUGCAGUACACACAAUCUGAUGAUUUUUCAUCCCAUAUCGAGUGGGACACACACGCUGCUGAUCCCGGAUCGAUUCCUCGGCAGGCCGGGCACACACGCACCGGAUUGGCUUCGGAUUAUCGAUUUUGGACAGCAACCCUCCCCAUGCUUCAUUGCAGGUCCAGAUCCAGGUCACUUGUCGCGAUCAAGAGUACCAAUUUUGAUUGACGUACCAGCAGCAACAUUCCCCGAAAACUUGCUUACUCUUGCUUUGCGGCCAUUGAAGAAGAGCUGGACAGUCUGGGAUUGGCGAAGAACUGAGCACUCUGAUCCCGUUCAAGAGCUGAGCAACAGGAACCGGCUCACCAUGCUACCACCCACUCAUGAUUGGAGCAGUCGACUUGAUACGGAUGGAACUGAAAGACCUUGCCGUCCGCUCAUCUCCUCCGCGCUCAGAUCUGCAUGCAUGAGGCCGGCAAUGCUGCUGAUCGUUUUUCAUAGCACUUCCAGAGUCUGCAUAAAGCAAGCUGAAGGUCUGAUCGUCCGGAUGUCCUGGAAGCGCUGCGGUCUUCCUGAAUGGAGCUGA